AACUUUUAAACACUAUAAAAUCCCUCCCCCCGCUUCUUGGCUUCUCCCCUUUCCUCUUCUUUCAAGUUCGAGCUUACGCCACAAGCUUUGCUUUCUCUCUCCCUUCUCGGGGCUGAGUUCACUCGCUCUUCAAUGGCUCGAAACAAGGAGAAAUUAGUAUUGUUGCUUGAUGUCGGUCCAUCGAUGCACAGUGUUCUUCCAGAAGUUGAAAAAGUAUGCUCCAUGUUAGUGGAGAAGAAGCUUAUUUUCAGAAAAAAUGAUGAAGUGGGAGUGGUGGUAUUUGGAACCGAAGAAACUAACAAUGAUCUUACGAAGGAAGUGGGUGGGUAUGAUAACAUUGUGGUGUUAGAAGAUAUCAAAGUUGUUGAUGGAGAUCUUAUUGACACUCUACAAAAGCUGCCUCGUGGAACUGUGGAUGGUGAUUUUCUUGAUGCAAUUGUUGUUGGGAUGGAUAUGUUGAUAAAGAAAUAUAAAGACAUACACAAAGGAAAGAAACGCCUGUGCCUUAUUACGAAUGCAAUUCAUCCUAUUAAGGAUUCUUUGGAAGGAACCAAAGAAGAUCAGGUCGAGACCAUUGCUGCACAGAUGACUGCACAAGGCAUGAAAAUGGAAAGUAUUGUUGUGAGGGGAAGGUUAAGUCAGGAUGCAAAUACGAGAAUAAUGAAUGAGAAUGAUCGUCUCUUGAGUAUAUUUUCAAAGCAAACCUGUACACGGACUGUGUAUGUUGAUAGUCCAACUUCAUUGCUAGGAGCACUCAAAACCCGAAGAAUAACUCCAGUAACAGUGUUCAGAGGUGAUCUUGAGCUCAGUCCCAAUAUGAAGAUUAAGGUUUGGGUUUAUAAAAGAACACAAGAGGAGAAGUUUCCCACUCUGAAGAAAUACUCGGAAAAAGCAACUCAAACUAAUAAGUUUGCAACACAUCAAGUCAAGGUUGAUUAUGAGUACAAAAGUGUUGAUGGUUCCAGUAAAGUUGUACCACCAGAGCAAAGGAUUAAAGGCUACCGUUAUGGACCUCAAGUAGUUCCUAUAUCAGCUGCUGAAUGGGAUGCUGUCAAGUUCAAACCAGAAAAGGGUGUGAAGCUUCUGGGAUUCACUGAUGCUUCAAACAUAAUACGACACUACUACAUGAAAGAUGUCUAUCUUUUUAUUGCUGAGCCGGGCAAUACAAGGGCCAUUCUUGCAGUUUCUGCCAUAGCUAGAGCAAUGAAGGAAAUGAAUAAGGUUGCAAUGUUGCGAUGUGUUUGGAGACAGGGACAACAAAAUGUUGUUCUGGGGGUCUUGACACCAAACAUUUCACAAAAUGAUAAAAUUCCUGAUUCAUUUUACUUCAAUGUACUUCCUUUUAUUGAAGAUGUUCGUGAAUAUCAGUUCCCCUCUGUCAACAGUUUUCCAGUUUCAUGGCAACCAAAUGAACAGCAGCAAAAGGCAGCAGAUGAAUUGGUGCAAAUGCUUAACCUUGCUCCAUCAGGAAAAGAGGAAGCAUUGUUACCCGAUUUCACACCAAAUCCGGUUCUGCAGCGUUUUUAUCAUCAUCUAGAGUUGAAAUCUAAGCAACCGGAUGCAGCUGUACCUCCACUUGAUGGAACCCUAAAGAGGAUUACAGAACCUGACCCGGAGCUUUUUUUUGAAAACAAGUCUGUUAUUGACGCAUUACGUAAACACUUUGAACUCAAGGAAAAUCCAAAGCUGAAGAAAUCGGCUAGGCUAUUAUUGCCAGAGAAACCAUCUGGCUCAAAUCACGAAGAUGGUGAUGCAGAUGUAUCUGCUCAAGCUGUCAAUUCCAUUGAAAAGUCACCUGUAGUUAAGAUAGAGAAAAUUGGAGAUUUAACUCCUGUUCAAGAUUUUGAGGUCAUCAUGUCUCGAAGAGAUAGCCCAGAAUGGGUUGGGAAAGCAAUUAAGGAAAUGAGAGAUAAGAUACUUGGCCUACUGUCAGAUUCCCAUGAAGGAGAUAAUCAUCUCAAAGCACUGGAAUGUAUAGCUGGCCUUCGUAAGGGUUGCAUCCUUGAGCAAGAGCCAGAACCAUACAACAAUUUUUUGCGCUAUCUUAACCUGUAUUGCCAGCAGAAAGGAAUGAGUAAUUUCUGGCAACUUCUUGCCCCCAGGAAACUCACUUUGAUCUCCAAGUCAGAAGCUGCAGACAGUGAUGUUACAGAUGAUGAGGCCAGACGCUUUUUCGUUAAAGCAGAGCCAAAACCCAAGGACUAGACUUGCCUCUUAUAUAUUUCGGUUUUCAUGUCAACGGCUUAAGGACAUGUCGCUGAAACUGGACGGUUUAACUGAAGCGUCAAUAUGUUCUAAACCAAGUCUGAAGCUUCAACUCAAAGCCAAU